UGUUGUAGAUUUCACAACCUUGGAUAAAAUUCUUAAGUGAAAUGCAAUAUUAAAAUCCGGUGUAUAUUGUUGAAGUUUCUGUGACACUUCAUUUAAGUUACGGGUUUUAUCUUCCAAAACCAACACGUUUCGUUUGUAUACGUCCUGCUGAUCCUCACAUUACAUUUAUUUUAUGCUCUUCGUUUUCGCAUUCAGGGAGGAAUGUCUAUUAGAGGGAUAGAUGCUGCUCGAUUUGAAUAUACUGACGAGCCAUUGCGUCAGAGAAACGCCUGCUUUGAGCUCAUAGGAUCCCUUUCAAACAGAUGUUUUGGGAUCCCUCCACCUUCCUCGCUCGGAUUAAAAUUUUUUUCUGGCAGAGAAGAACAGUUUAUCAAAUAUUUUGGCACACCAUUGGAGGGCCCUGUCUGCCUUAGUUUGGAUGAGUUCAAGGGGAGAAAAAUUCAGUCAUGGUCACUCAGAAAUUUAAGAAUUUUGGAGCUCAUCAAAGCUCAUUGCUUAGUACAAUUAUGGGAUAAUUCAGAUCCUCCUUUGCAGUUAAGAGAACUGUGUAUCGACGAGGCCCGUAAAUUACAAAGGAUUCCAAACUCAAUAGGACGUCUACAGGGAUUGAAAUGCAUAAAUAUCUCUUAUUGUGAAUCACUGGAGGAUCUCCCUGAAGAGUUUUGCAAUCUCCAAUCACUCGAGUGGCUGAAAUUAUCUCAUUGUUCAAGGCUGUCUUCACUGCCUAGCCGUUUGGGGGAUCUGAUAAACCUGCGGUAUCUAGAUUUGGAGGAGUUCAAGAAGCUGCAGACAUUGCCAGAUUCUUUUAAGCAGCUGAGACACCUUCAACAUCUCAAUUUACAUGGUUGUGAGGAACUCACCUUGAGAUCCGACAUGCUGGAAAGCAUAGGUAACCUGGAGUAUUUGAACUUUGAGGGAUGUUGGAAGGUGGAACAAUUGCCAAAUCAAAUCACAAAUCAAGUGUGUUUGAGAGAGCUCAAAGCUACGUACACAAGCAUAAGGGGGCUUCCGAGUGACAUUGGCGAACUCAGAAAAUUGGAAGUGCUGGAGAUAGGAAGUCGGUUCUUGGCCAUCUUGCCGUACUCUCUUGGAAAUCUGUCUAGUUUGACUCGACUAGAACUCAGGAAUUGUGAAAUGUUGAAUUGUUUACCGGACUUUUCGGGGCCUCUAAAUAUGCUCAAGAGGAUAUCAAUAGAGUAUACGAGUGUGUCAACAAUAUCAAUAAGUGGAGACAGCUGUCCCAGCCUUGAACAUAUCGUCCUUGACAAUAAUGAUCAUCUAGUGGAUAUCCAAAGCCUGCCAACGUCAGUGCGGAGUCUAGAGGUAUCUGACUGUAAAACGCUGAAAAAGGCAACGGGACUUGGCGGCCUAGCAAAUCUUCAAUUCCUUUCCAUAGUGAGGUGUCCGGAGUUAAAUGAGCUCCCAAGUUUUGCAGAAUUACAUUCCCUCAAAUUUAUCUGGAUAAGAGAUUGCGACGAAAUAGUGGAAAUCGAAGGGCUAGAGAAUUCGAGAACAUUGGAGACAUUGGAGGUGCAUACAUCACGGAUGUCCCCAGCUAUACAAAGUUUGGAGGGGUUGGAGAAAUUGAAGAGAUUUGUGAUGGUAGCAGAGAACAGAUCAGCUCUUCGACCCUGCAUUCAAACUAUAAAGAAAUGGCCAGGCGAGAUGGUGAUAUGUGGAAGGGCAGUGAGUGGUGCAGAGUCAGCGUUGGAUUCUCUUUCCUUUCCCACCCUUUCCAUUGUUGGUGGUGAUAUGUGGAAGGUAGAAUGUAGGAAGAUGCAUGCUUCUGAUGCGGCCGUCGUUUGUUUCCUUGUAAAUUCAAUUACAGAUUGUUAUUUCCAUCUCUAUUUUAGUUAUUUUAGUGGUUGGACAAGUAUGCGAUUGAAGGAGGGGAAAUGGGUGUUAGUAGGUGUGUUGAGACAAGGUUGUGAGGAUAUUGUAAGUGCGACAGCUGAAAUAUGGGAUGAAGAAGGUGAGGUAGAGAGAGGAAUAUUGUUGGUGGGAGAAGAAGGGAGAGUGCUAGAGGCAUUUAAUCGGUUCUGGACAUUAUUCAUCUAAUCUGGUUAUCCUUAAAUUUUCAUCGGACUGUGGGGGCCUGGCUUAGGUGUGCUUAGGUGGGCCCAGCUAUAACCCUUCCCACCUCCGUUCACCGUUAACGGUGGCCGUUUGGUGGAAGCGCGCAAAUUGAAAUUUUAAAUCUGCUUCUACUUCCCGCCCAUGCGCGCAUGACUUAGAAUUACAGCACUCCAAUAGGAUAUUGGAGUUUUGUUAGAUGGUGCUCUCCCUUUUCGCCUUUCAUCCCCCUUAUCGUGCAGCAGGUUCGCUAGUUCGUUGCUCUCAUCCAUAACAUGCCUUUCAAUGGAGAAAGAAUAACAAACUGUCGAGUGGGUCAGGCAUAUUCAAGCAGAGAAGUGUGCUCUGGUAGACAUGUAUGCAAAAUGUGGAAGCCUUGACAAGGGAUGCGAAUUAUUUGGCAGAAAUCUUCAAA